AUGCCUAAGGGAACAACAGAGGGUCAAGCCAACACACACACACACACACACACACACACACACACACACACACACACACACACACACACACACACACACACACACACACACACACACACACGCGCGCCGCUCCAUCCCUCUUACACAUUCACCAACAGGACCUGGACGUCAGCUGGAUACUUCUGCAGCCCGUAAAACUUUUCCUGUUGCAAUCCCGACGUUAUUUUCUACUUAAACGGUUUCUUUUCUCUAAUCUGGGGGGAAUUCCAGGUAUGUUUAUGACGUGAGUGUCCUGACAGCCAUCCAGUCAUGGUGCUGAGGUGCAGCACCCCUUCUGUCUGCAGGUCGGCUGCAGCGUGGUUUCACCUGCUGGUUUCAUCACUGCUGCUGCUGCAAACGCUUGUCUCUGUCUGUGGAGUACCAUCCUGCCCGCGGAGUUGCAGCUGCCCAGGAACUAAGGAGGUCCACUGUACAUUCAGACACCUCACCGCCAUACCCAAAACCUUUCCUAAAGGCACAGAAAGGCUGAACCUGGGUUACAACAGCCUGACUGAGGUGGAGAGGUCAGAGUUCAGGUCCCUACGGCAACUGGAAAUGCUCAUGCUGCAUGGAAACGACAUUAGAACGGUCCAGUCUGGGGCGUUCUACAGCCUCAGGUCACUGCAGAUCCUGAAGCUGAGCUACAACAAGCUCACGGCGGUGAAUCCUGGCCUGUUUGAGGGUCUGGUUGGUUUGAUCCGUCUCCACCUGGACCACAACCUCAUAGGUUUCAUAGAGCCCUACUCUUUUUCUGGUCUGACCUCACUGAAGCUCCUCCAGCUGGAGGGGAACCUCCUCAAAGAGAUCCAUCCUCAUACCUUCAUCACAGUGUCAGCACUGGGCAGCUUCUGGACCUCUGGGCUCAAACACCUUCACCUGUCAGACAACUUGCUGGAGGUGCUUCCUGCCACGUCGUUAAAGACAGCUCCAAGGCUCGAGCUCCUGACGCUCCACGGUAACCCCUGGAACUGUGACUGUCAGCUCCACUGGUUGGUGCGAUGGAGUGCUGCACACGAUGGAGUAGUAAAAUGUAAAAGGGAACGUGGCACCAUUGAUGUUUGCCCUCAGUGCUCCUUUCCCCAACAUCUGAAUGGCACGCAGUUACUAGGGUUGACUACAGACAAGCUUACCUGUGAACGGCCGGUUCUUCGUUCUCCCCUCAAACAAUGGGACAAUCCGGUAUGGGCUGAAUCUGAAGCAGAGCCUGACCUUCCCUACACCAGAGACUUGGAGAAACCUUUGGGCCAAAUGACCAUUGUUCUCUCAGACAGUCAUGGAAACCGUGCUCACGUGGACUGUGACGUACGCCAUCCUGGUGAUAGUUCACCCAUGACAUGGGCCGCAAGUCCACUCUCGCCUGCUGAGAUAUCCGUAAACAUAUCACUGAUGACUGUCCUUGAGUGCGACAUUGACCGGGAAACAUUACAAAAUCUUUGGCAACUGGUUGCAUACUACUAUGAGAGCUCUGCGAUUUUAGAGCGAGGUCAACUGAGGUCAAACACAAGCAGAGCAACCUAUCAGUACACGCAGGUUGUUAGUGAAGCGUCCCCGUAUUUUACAGAAUUAAAAGGUCAUUUGGAUGCAGAACCUUCGUGGCUGCUUCAACCCAGAAUCACUCUGAAGCUAAACAGGCAGCAGACAACCACAAAAAAACUAGCAAUGGAUUUCACAGCUUUAAUUACCAAGGACAUCAACAGCCUCAGAGGUCAGGAUGAAGACGCUGCUUCUUCCUGGGCAUUGAUUCGUAGGGGAGCAACGGGACGAGUUCAAGCAGCUCUUGAGGGUUCAAAGGUCCAUUUGGAAUGCAGUGUCAUGACUUCAGGAUCAGAAGUGAAAUUGGAGUGGAUGCUUCCAGAUUUGUCAAUUGUAGAGGAUCCAACCGAUAAAAUAAAAAUUUCUGAAAGAGGUCAACUUGUGAUUUUAAAUGCUACGCUCUCUGAUUCUGGUCUCUAUUACUGUAUUGUCAGAACAAGAGCUGCUGUGGACUUGAUGCCACUGAGACUCACUAUCAAAGAGUGUUCAAUGAGUCCAACAGCUAUUAAUGGCCAGAAACUGCUGGUAGAUAAGGGGAACUCGCUCUCUCUUUCUUGUGAGGUGACUUCAGCUCAGCCCAGCCAGACUUGGUGGUACCUUCCUAAAAAUGAGAUUCUCCUCCCUACACAGCGAACAAGAAAAGCAGAAGUUAUGGCAAAUGGGACUUUGGUGGUUAGGAGGAUGACCCAGGAGGAUGCAGGUGAAUAUAGUUGCUUGGUCUCAAAUCUGUAUGGAGUUGACAUGCUGUCUCACAUUGUAGAAGUCUCAGAAGAAAAGUCAUCAGAAAAGUCUAAAGUAAAGGCUGAAAGAGAGCAAACAAUCUUACACCUGGAUGUCAAAGAGGGAGAGGGUUCAGGGGGGGAUUAUCAGGAAACUAUGGGUCCUUUUGCCACACAGUUUCCGGAGAAGGUAGGGCCACCACAAAGGAAAGCCAGUGAGUUUUUGAAAAGGGUGCGCAUAAAAGAUUCAAAGAGAAAACCUCAUAAAUCUGUGAAGGAAUUAGAUCCUAACCGUUGGGCAGAGAUGUUGGCUAAAGCUAACGCUAAGCCAAGUGUGUCGCUCCCCACGGAGCCGUCUCUAGAAGAGCCUAGCACUGUUACCGUCCAAAGAAGUACAUCAACAACUCCAACCGCUAAUCCAACAACUGUCAGUUAUUUACGUCAUUUUACGACCCCUCGUCAUUCUCACAUAACAAAGUUUCCAUUGCACCAAAAAGUUUGGGCUAAAGCUCCUCCAAACAACGGGAGAAAAGGAAGUCAACAUGGAGUUUCUGGACGGCUAAAAGACCAUCAACCUGCAUUCCCUGGAUCUACAGCCGUAACCCAACAGCAUGUUUCGGAAAGAGUAAAAGUUGUCACAGUCCCCCCCAAUGUAGGAGUCAAUCAGCCUGUGGAUGAAAAUAAACAUGUUGGUGAUGGGAGGAGAAACUCCGGCUUUGUUCCUGGUAUGUUUAACAGGAGAAGGCCCUUUUACAGACAUAGAAAACCUCCAAUGAGAAAAGCUCAUCCACCUAUAAAUCCCUUUCAACAAAUCACCACACCAACAACUACAACUACCACCACAACAACUACAACAACAAUCCCUGUUCUAACCACAGCAUCCAAUUUGGCCAAGUAUGAGAUGGAAAAUGAACAUGACAAAUUUGAGGAUUACGAUUACAAGAAGGGAAUAGGUUUAGAUUCUACGGGCGAUUUAAUAAGCGGACCACCUCGUAACACCAAUCUUGGCAGUACCAUCACUCCAUUUCCAAUGGUUACAGAAAGAGACCCCUUCAUUGGCGAGCAACAUUUACCCAAUCCAAAGACAACUUACACACCAAAAAUGCAAAGUCCAAAUCUCAUAAGAGCUGAGGACCUUCUAAAUGUAAAUAAAUAUGAGACAAAGACGAAGGAGGUAAGAGAAGAAACUGCUGAAAAUGGCAGCAAUGGUAGAAAACCUGUUGGAGAGAAUUCCAGGAAGCAAGUGUCUACAAAGAGCAAGCAAGGAAAACUCACAGUGGACAAGGUAAAACCAAAAGUAGAAUUAGUUACAAAGAGCUACAACACACAAUACAAAACUCAAGUACCAGUACACAACAUCGAACAUUCACCCAAUCAAGUUAUACCAAUCCAUUCAAGAACUUUAUCCACCAAGAAUGUAUCAACUAACAGAACAAUGGAAGAGGUCAGACAAAAAGAGAAUAAAGGGGCACCAAAACCAACAAGAAAGCCUGAAAUUCACAGUUUUCCCUUAGUGGAGCCACUACACCCUUGGCUUCAUCCCAUCUACGAUAGAAGCGAACAAACUACCAGUUCCAGGAUUACGCAAACAAACCAAGAUCGAAAUGCAGGACAAGAGGGUGAGGUCAAUCCAGACAGGCAUUCCCAGCUUCCCAGAGUGCCUCCAACCUCCCACUGGUCUGCACGCCAACAUCUUUAUCACCAUCCCAUCUUCCCUUCCUGGACCGGUCAGAAGUCAAUUUCCCAACCGAGGCAAGGUCCGGACUCAUACCCUGCAUCCACCCAUCGGCCCUGGCCAUUCCCCCACCUCUGGGUUCACACCUCAUUAGUGACCAAUGGACCAGAGAUAACAGCUGACACAGUAAAGCCCAACCCCACUGUCUCUGGUCCAGAAAACUUCAAAGUCAUACCUUCCACAUCCCAUCAUCAUCAUCAUCCUCAUCAGAACCAUCGUGUUGACAUCAGAACUCAAACAAGAGAUCAUCUGUUUCUGUCGAGGCUCAGAAACAGAUACAGACAGCCAGCUGAAGUCCAUGUGAGUCCAUCUGAGGCCCAGCUUGAACGCAUUGCUCAGCUAGGAAGGAUAGCGACACCCAAACCUCGCAGUAGCUACUACGAUGCUUUGGCCCCGAUCAAACGUAGACCCAGUCCUCCACCCUCAUACAGACCUCACUUCCUUAGACCGCCAGCUCCCACUGGGUCUUACCACUCAGAGCACUCAAACGCUGCUAACCCUUCACCACCCCCACUCCGUGGUUUCACCCCAACGCCCCUCCCUUACUACCCCACCACCUCUCUGGCUGGAGCCAGGUGGCCCGUUGGAGGACGGCUUAGAUCCCAGCACCCUACAGCUGCACCUCCUUUCCCGUGGCUGUUGGGAGUUGGGGGGGUGAAACCUCGAAUCACCACGGUGAACUCAGCUAGUGUUUCAGUGCUGGCAGAGGAUGACGUGUUCCUGCCCUGCAAAGCAACCGGGAAUCCUGAACCCAAUGUUGCUUGGACUAAGGUCUCUACAGGAGCCACCAUUCUAGCCAACACCAAGCACGGCCCGCGCUUUGAAGUCUUAAAAAACGGAACUUUCAUGAUUAAAAACAUCCAGCUUCAGGAUCGAGGACAGUACCUCUGCACGGCCCACAACAGGUUUGGAUCAGACAGAAUGGUCAUUACCUUAGCUGUCCAGACUGAAGCUCCAAGAAUUCAACCACCACAGUCCACAGAGAUAGCAACCUACUUGGGGAAAAAUGUUUCAUUCCACUGCCUUGCUUCUGGAAGACCACCGGCCCAGAUUUCCUGGAUUCUCCCAGACAGAACGUUUGUUCGGGAGGCUGGAACCAUGCAAACUCCUAUCUCUCAAAUGUCUCUACUUCAGAAUGGAACUCUGAAAAUCCACCCUGCUAAUUUCUCCAGCAAAGGAGACUAUAAAUGCAUCGCGAGUAAUGCAGCCGGUGCUGAUACGAUCACUUAUCACCUCCAUGUGGCAGCUUUGCCCCCAAGCAUAGGUGAAGAAGCACAGGAAGCCAUGACAGUUCAACAAGGCAGGAGUGUGUAUGCUCACUGCUCUGCAAAGGGUGAACCAGUGCCUGCUUUGAAAUGGAUGAUCCCAGCAGGCAUCAGCGUGAAACCAUCACAGGUUCUGGGACGUAGGCUGUUCGUCUUCCCCAACGGGACUCUACUUGUAAACAACAUUUUGCCUGCAGAUGGUGGAAAGUAUGAGUGUCAUGCCACCAACGCCGUGGGAAUUGCCAAAAGAAUGGUCCAGUUGGAGGUGAAAGAAGACUCUUUCUCCCACCGGCCUCCUCUGCCAGUUCCUCCAACCCAGCACCGUGAUACUCCAUCCCGUCAACACAUUGUUUCAGCCAUGUAUGGCUCAACGGUCUACCUCCACUGCCCAGAGUCAACUGGAUCUAUAAGAGGAACUCUUUGGCAGCUGCCCUCCAAGACCAUCAUGGAGCAUCGAUACAGCCCAGAGAGACCAAUUAAAGUUUUCCAUAAUGGGACUCUUAGGAUUCUCCAGCUAACAGAGAUGGAUGGUGGAAACUAUCUGUGUAUCUUCCAGCGGCCCAAUGGAGAGGACAUGGAGCUCUUCCAGGUAGACGUGUUGAUGGUUCCUCCCCGAAUUGAACAUGUAAGGACGGCACAGACUAGGAUCACCUUUGGUGAAAAUUUCCAGGUGGACUGUGUGGCAUCUGGUCUGCCCAACCCAGAGGUCUCCUGGAGUCUUCCAGAUGGGACGUUGGUGAACAACGCCCUUCAGUCAGAUGACAGCGGCCUUCGCAGUCGCCGCUACGUUAUGUUUGGGAAUGGAACUCUACUCCUUCAGCAGAUGGGCAAAAAAGACGAAGGGGACUACACCUGUCAUGCAACAAACAAACUGGGCAAGGAUGAAAAAAAAGUGCGAGUCAAAGUAGAACCAAAUGCUCCACAAAUCGAAAAAUCCCAAUCAACGAUGACAGUAAAAUUAGAGGAAUCAGCUAAACUGAGUUGUCAGGCAAUCGGUGAACCGAAACCAAGAAUCGUAUGGAUAUCACCACGUAAGGAUGUAAUACAAGUAUCGUCAGACAAAUAUCAAAUCCUGGAGGAUGGAACGUUAGUCAUAAAUAGACUGACUCUCGCUGAUGAAGGGAAAUAUGCAUGUGUGGCACGAAACGCUGCUGGUGACGAUGUUAAAAACACGAUAGUUAAAGCUGAACCCCAGGAACCCUUUAUCGAUGGUGUGAAAGGAAAGAGUACUACAAAACUCCUGGGUGUUUCUUACCAAACAGCACAUCUGGAUUGCAAAGUGAAGGGAAAACCUGAACCCAAGGUGUGGUGGAUUACUCCUUAUGGCCACUCACUUGCAACACCCUACCUUGGUGGUCGCUUUCAGGUCCACCAAAAUGGAAGCUUGGAGCUAAGAGGGGUCAGAAAGACUGAUGAAGGCAUAUACAAGUGUUUUGCUAAAAAUCACCUGGGUGAAGCUUCCCUUUCAGUUGAACUGGAAGUGGCACCGUUAGCAGAGAAACCUAGUUUUUACAUUCCCAAUAUUGAAAUCUUACCAAUCAAACAGGAUGUUGGCCAACUGGUCCUUGAGUGCUCUGCUCGUGGUAAACCAAACCCAGAGUUUCUAUGGGUGCUACCUAAUGGAACUAUGCUAACGCCAGGCCUGAGACUUCAACGCUUCUUCCACCAUUUUGGUAAUGGAACUCUACGGAUCUCUCACCCAGCUGCAACUGAUAAGGGAAUUUACCGAUGCCUGGCAAAAAAUGUGGCCGGACAAGCAGAGAAACGUUAUGCCCUGGAGGCUGGAAGAAAACCAGUUAUUAGAGGACCAACAGGUGGGAUGAAGAUCACUUAUGGCCUCAACCUUAACCUGCCAUGCCCGGUGGAUGGCUGGCCUCAGCCGUCCAUCACAUGGACCCUACCCAACGGUGUUGUUUUGGACAAACCACAAACCAUUGGACGAAUCUCUUUCCUCACCAACGGGAGCCUUCACGUCAGACAGGUUGCCAAUUUUGACAAAGGAACAUAUGUCUGUAAAGCCGCCAACUCUUUUGGAUCAACAGCUCUAACCUACCCAGUCACAGUAAUGGUUUUCCCACCGCGGAUCACCACCACAAUGGCAUCCAUCACAAGAGUCCUGCAGGGAACACCAGUGAUGCUACAGUGUGUUGCGACUGGUAUUCCAAGGCCAGACAUUUCGUGGACGUUACCGGGACGCACCACUUUGCUACCACAUAAUCGGUACACAGCGCGGGGAGGGAUUCGCAUGACAGACGAGGGUAGUCUGGUCAUUCAGAAUCCUGUCCUCACAAACUCUGGUAUUUACAAAUGUAACGCUAAAAAUUCACUUGGAACUGAUUUCAAAUCAACAUACCUACAAGUUAUUUGAGGAGCACAAACGAUGUGGUAGAAUGUUUAGGCAGAAAAAGACUUAUCAGGGCUUUUUAUUGUACAUUAUAAAGAUAUUCUGCUGGCAGAUUUAAAGCUACCUGACUUAUAGCUUGAAACUAUGCAAAAAAAUGCCCUGGUCACAAGGGCAGCAGGCCAAACCUUCCUCUCUCUAGCAACCUCUAACAGCUUGUCUGGGGCGCCCUUUAAGGCAUUCCUUGGUAAGCCUAGACAUGUGACCCCUCCAGCGUGUCCUGAGUCAACCGAGGAGCCUCCUGUCAGCAUUUCAUGUUCAAAAGGUCAAGAAUUUGUUCUGUACUCCAAAUUGUGAUUGAUUUUUGACCCACUGACUCAAAACACAUUUUCAUAAUAACCCUUUUCUAUAUGCACAAGUCUGCCUCCUUGUCCCUUCACUUUCUGUUGUUAUUUGAAUCUUGUCCUGUGAAACUAGCAUUGGUAAAGUCGUAUACUUGUCAGUAUUUCCUGUAAUGAUUUCAGGUCAGUCAUGGGUCUAAUGAGGCAAUCUGGUCCCUAUAUCUGCAUUAUGUUAUCGCUUUUUUUAACAAUUCAUGAUUAUUCAAGUCUCAGAACUAGCAUGAAAUUCAGGUGAAAUCUCCUUCCAGACGUUACAGAAAAUGAUUUAAAUUAAACUUAUGCCUAAAUUCUUGUGCUUGUUUUGUGAACUUGUGCCACUUCUCAACAUUUUUAUCAGAUGCUUCCUGUAAGUAUUGGCGUCACUAUUCAUGUUGGACUAAUGGUUCAUCAUAGAUUGGUUGUGAAAUUGUAACUGUGUGCUUGAAAAUGUGUAACUAUAAUUGAAAAGUAAACAAAACAUAAUUUUA